CGCCAGCCAGGGCUUCUCCUCUUCGUGGCCACGCUCCCGUCCGGACUCCAUCUCCGAGACCUCGUCUCCGGCGGCAAAAGCAGCGGCGAAAUGGUGAAGGGACGCACGGGGCAGCGCGUGAGGCUCUAUGUCCGCGGCACCAUCCUCGGAUACAAGAGGUCGAAGUCGAACCAGUACGAGAACACCUCGCUGGUGCAGAUCGAAGGGGUGAACACCAAGGAGGACGUGGCGUGGUACUGCGGGAAGCGGAUGGCCUACAUCUACAAGGCCAAGACGAAGACCAGCGGCACGCACUACCGCUGCAUCUGGGGCAAGGUUACCCGCCCGCACGGCAACUCCGGCAUCGUCCGCGCCAAGUUCAAGUCCAACCUGCCGCCAGCGUCCAUGGGGCACAAGGUCAGGGUCUUCAUGUACCCCAGCAGCAUCUAAAGGAUCUUCCAUAACCUACCAAGUUGAUAGUUUUGAGGAGGUUCAACCAGAAAAGCUUUCAUGGCAAUUUUGAAGAGUUUAGCUUAUCCAAUUAUUGGACAGACUGUUGCAACUUCAAGAACUUAUGUUGAUCGUAACUCACUUGCCUUAAAUGAAGUAUUAUGCAGUGCUAAUGAAUUUUGCUGA